GAUAUUUGUUACUCCGUGUCCUCAACUUCAGUGUAUUGUUACCCAUCUACCUGCUUUCACUGCAGAACUGACUAUGGUUGCUGGAUGUAGAGUUGUUUAAGGUAAAAGUAACUUUGCAAACAGGAGUUAAAUAGCUUAUAUUUCCAAACAAAUGGAGACCACUACCCUCCAGUUUUCCAUCCUACUGUCUAUCCAUUGCACCAAUUGUACUAGAAAAGCAGGCACAGAAUUCAUAACUGAACAAUGGUGGAAUAAGCCCAAAAUUUAGGCUUUGGUUAAUAAACAUUUCUAUUAACCCUACCCAUUCAAAAACAUCAAUUUCAAUGUGAAAAUAGUUUUACUGGGAUAUAAACAGUUCCUGAGCAGAGUGAGAAUCCAAGUACAACAGUAAUGUGCCUUGUGGAACGUAAACCACCAGUACAAAUGUUGAGUAAGGAUAGGUAAAUCACUUGGCUUACAUUUGAACCCAUUCAGUCAUCUUGACUCAAAUGUUAUUGAGUGUGUGUUCCACUUACUGGAGACUUGAAAAAGGAGCAAGUGGAGAAUUUUAAACAAAAAUCAAUCAAUAUACUGCAUAGAUAGGGCCUUCUAUUGAUUGUCUGAUCUUUUUGGGGUGGAGGUCUAUCCCUAAUACAAGCCCCAACUGAGCAAAACACUUAAAUGUGAGUAAUCUCAUCCUUAUUUAGCUAUGCACAUUACUCUGGUAAGUAAUUUAUUCAUAAAUUACUUCCCAUUGAAAUAAGAUUAUUGUGUUUAAAUGCUGUGCUGAAAAGGGAUGAGAAUUUAACACAAGGGGGGAAAAAAGCUUUAGUUUUUUAAACAUGGUGAUUCAAUUAAAAAAAAAAUAAAUAGAACCAAUCAUAAAGAUUUCAAAAAUUCUGAAUGUCAACCAAAAUUUUGACUGGCUUUGUUAAAAACAAAGUUUUAAAUUCAGAGGAGGAAAAAAAAAUUCAAGAGAUUUGCAAAACCAAAACAUUUGCCUGUGUUCACUCUCCCUUAAUAAAAAGUAAAUCAGAAUUUUGACACCUGAUUUCAAACAUAUUUGUUGGCCAAAAAAUAGGUCUUGUUUACAUGAAAGAAAACGGGUGGUUUCUUGUGUUACAAAAAUCUGAUAUUACUAAACUUCCUCUGACAGCAGAUGUUUCAACAUCGGAACGGCUGUAGAUAUGUUGAAUUACCUCUGAUAGCUGUUACUGAUCUACUUUGGAAAAUCAAGUCAUUUUUGCAGCUGUGAAAGCUUUGGAACACUUUCUUGGUGUCCAGUGAGCAACAAUUUUAUGGAAGGAGUUACCAGUGGAAGAGAGAAUGGGAAGUUCGAGCUCAAAAAACAAUCACAAAUCACAUCCAGCACCAUCACCUGCAGCCAGCACCACCACUGCCAGCACCAGUUCCAGCACAACUACUGUAGUCAUGAUUACAAGAGACAAGACCAUAUUUGAUAAACCUGAGUUCCUCUACAUAUUGGUGGCCUGUAUCUCUGCCGUCCUAUUGACCAUGCUGGUAUUUACAACCAUCUACUUUAUCAGGAAAAGGAAAGUUCACAAUACACCCCGAAAGACUUCUCAAGAGCAGGAUCCUUCAGAUACUGUGCAUCAGGCACCUGCUGAAAACACCCAGGUUCCUACGUGUCCUAACGAUGAGAUCACCUACGCCAGUUUGACUUUCAAACAGACGCCUCUGUCAAAGACUGCUCUGUAGUUUGUGCUAAUCACAGUGAAAUGAAGACAUCUUUGCUGCCUGCAGUUCAAAUGCAGAUGGAAGUUCUGUCACAAGCCCUCAGAUCUGCUUGGAAUCAUGUUGCCAAAUAUUGCAUGUAUAAUAACAUCAGCAGAUUUAUUUAAGCUGCGUGGAGGUCUGUCCCACAAGGAAGUGUUGGUGAGUGGUCAGAGCAGGGCACCAGGAGUUCAGAUUCCAUUGUUCUCACCCUGACUCAUGGUGUGAGCUUGAAGAAAUCACUUGUUUUUUGUGCCUCAGUUUCCUUAUUUAUAAAACAUGGAUAACCCUGCUUA